UCUUGGCGACGAUCGCAGCAAACGGAUUAAGCGCGAGGCGAGACGAUAAAUUACAUAGUGUCCAAAUAUACGCAUAUAGAAAUCAAGUCCACUGAAUCGAAAUGAAUCUCUUGGCCAGUUCGAGGAGCCUCCAUCUUUUGAUGGUCUUGGCUGUGAUCUUGGUUUCUCAUCGAGCCGAGGCGGGCUUACGUUUGCGGCACACCAGUCGAUCGGUCACGCCCCCCGCCAGCACUACGCCCACUUUGACAGUGACCUCCGAGGAGGCCCCGCCACAGGAAUCGGUGGCGGAAAGUGCUCCAACGGCCAGCGUGGCUACCGAACCGGAAACGGAAGUGGAGGUCACGACUGGAAAGCACAAGCGCGGCAUUCUACACGGCCACGCCCACCUGCACGGCCAAUGGCCCGCCCGCACCUAUGCCGCCCACUACGGCUAUAGCCUGCAGCUGCCCGGAGGCAGUGCCUUCCUGGCCGCCGCUCCUCCGCGCCGCCACUUCGUCAAAUACGGCCAUGGUCUGGUCAAGCCGCUCGUUUCCGGUUCCGGUUUGCUGCCCGCCCUUGCUCCCGCGCCCGCUGCCCUGCUGCCCGCCGUCGCAUCAACCCUGCCCGUCGGAUUGCCCACCGGUCUGCCCGGUGGCGUGGCCAGUGCCAUUCCCGCCGGAGUGGCCACUGCCUUGUCCACCGGCGUGGCCACCGCUUUGUCCACCGCCGUGGCUCCGCCCUCGUACGUCCUGCGUCCCGGAAAUGCGGUCGUCUCAUCGUACAGUGUCAACUAUCCGCACCAGCACCUGCAGAAGCCCGUGGUCUUCCAGUCCGCCGUGAAGCCGGUCCACUUCCAUGCUCCGGCUCAUGGCCAUGUGCACGCCGUGCAGCCCACUUAUGUGCAGACCUAUGCUCCAACUGCUCCGGCAGUGCCUCUUCAGCCCGUUCAGCCUGUGCAGCCAGUUCAUCACCUACAGCCCAUCCCGCCCAUUCAGCCCCUUCAGCCGGUGCAACCGGUCACCACCCAUCACUUCCAGCCCGUGCAGCCUCUGCAGCCAGUUCAACCCCUGCAACCCAUACAACCCGUCCAACCCAUCCAACCUACAGUGACCUUCGGUGUUCCGGCUCCCCCAGCUGUGGAUUUGCCCGUGAUUCCUCAGUUCCCACAACCGCCUCAGUUCCCCGGAGUGCCGACCUUCAGCUUCCAGCCUGCUCAGCCAGCGGUGCCAGCCCAACCCGCUGUGCCCGCCCAGCCGGCAGUUCCAGCUGCACCAGAAGCCCCAGAAGUGCCACUGGUCCCCGCCAUUCCACAGAUUCCGGCCAUACCACAGAUACCCCAAAUACCACAAUUUCCCGGAUUCCCUCAAUUCCCCGGCUUUCCCCAGAUUCCCCAGUUCCCCCAGGCGCCAGCCAUUCCAUCACCUCCCUCCGUUCCAGGAGUUCCAGCUGUACCCACUGUCCCGGCUUUCCCCAGUCCACCCACUAGCCAAUUCUUUCCGGCUGCUCCACAGCCACCAUUGCCGCAGCAGCCACCCACUUUUGGCCAGCCAGAGUCACAAUUCCCAGGCGGAAUUGUACCGCUGCCGGGCUCCACUCCCGUUCGUCCCGAAUCCGGCACGGGUAUAGCCUCACCGCAGAUUCCCCCACAGUCGCCCGAGCCGGAGACGCCGUCGGAGGUGCCACCACAGCGACCAUCCGUCCAGCAGCCACCGCAGCAGCCCUGGAAGCCGGUAUUCUAUAGUCCACCCACCGAAUCGGCGCCAGCCUCGCCCAAUCGACCCUCCAUCACCCUGCUCCCGCCCUACGGAAGUGCGCCAGCUGAAGGUUACCUGCCACCCGUGGGAUCCCAACCGUCGGCACUGAGUGCCAGUAGUGCCGGAAUCGGCGGCCAGGGCGGCAUCUUCGACCAGCUGACCGAUGCCGAGCUGGAGCACAUCUUCGCCCAGGCCAACUUGGCGCAGCAGCAGCAGCAGCAGGGUCACAACUACCACCACUACUGAGUCCACCACUCACCUAGGGAUCUUUUCUACAUUUUUUUUGUUUUUUUUUUAAGCCUUCUUUUCAUUCCUGCUCUACUUGUAUUGUAAAUUAUGUUGCUAUUAAAUAAGUUAUUUAUCGAAAAAUUGAA